AUGGAAAAUGCCUCAGCUGACUCAGAGAGCGGUGAGGAUGUUCUCUGCAUCACACUAGGGCCAAAGUCCGAGAGCAUCAACGUGGUACAGGAGAAAGCCACAGACCCCAAUGCAGCUCUCUUUGCAACCAUGCUGGUCAACAAUAGUCUGUCAGAUUUCAGCUAGCUUUUGGUGCUAGUUGUAAUGUUAUCCCUGCGAACCUCACAAAAGACACUCUACACCUCGAGGCCUGCAGUCAGGUGUUGGUGAUAUAACAAAUGUACUCUGGCUACAAAAGGCUACAACACAUGCUCAUGCGACUCCAAGCUUAUAUUUUCUUAACUAACAGCCGAUUGGAGGAGAGAUGCACGCUUGCUCUUGCUUGCUGAAUGUUAAAUAGGCUACACACUACAGCAUUAAGAACGGGCGGGGAAUUUGAAAGGAGAAGCCCAUAUUUUUUAUAGUAGGCCUAUCUUAACACCGGGCUACAUCCUGACAAAAUACACCAUAUGAGUGGCCUGCUAAUUCACCUUUCUGGACCUUCUAAACCACGUGUCAAACUCAUUCCACGGAGGGCCGAGUGUCUGGGUUUUCUAGGUCUUAAUUGAAAGGAAAAAACUAAAACCAGCAGACACUUGAUCUCCAUGGAACGAGUUGGACACCCCUGUUCUAAACUGUAGAGAAUAGACCCAAACUGAUCCAAAUUGUUGCAUAAUCAGGCCUAGGCUGUAGGCAGUUAUUUUGGCAUGAAACAAAACAGGAUGUUUGAGCAGUUAUUCAAAUAAGCCUACAUCACUGCAGUUUACAGCCUAUAGACAAAAAUUGUGUACUCACUUGAUAACAAUAAUACAUUCCUCAUUGCACUGUGUUGUUGUAGCCCAGGUACAAUAAUGUAUUGUCUAGAAAUGUAGGCCUAAUCAAUAGUGAGCUUUGCGUCCUGGGGACCACAGAGCUCAGCCUGGAGGAACACAGAUCUGACAUUUCAUCAUCUGUUAACUUUUUUUCUUGCACCUUGACAGGUAAAUAUUUAGCCUAUAACCCUAAUAUUUAGCUAAUGAAUGGCCUAAUAUCUAGCUAAUAUUUAGCUUAAUUACUUCGGCUACACAUCACUAGCCUCUCCCUGCCAGCUGAGCGACAGGUAGCCUAGCGGUUAAGAGUGUUGGGCCAAUAACCGAAAGGUCGCUGGUUCUGAGCUGACUAGGUGAAAUAUCUGCCGAUGUGUCCUUGCGCAAAGCACUUAACCCUAACUGCUCCUGUAUGUUGCUCUGGAUAAGAGCGUAUGCUAAGUAACAAAAAUGUUCCUGUGAGCUAUACGCUACGCAAGCUUCUUCGCAAUAGGCCAUUCCUCUUCUCGUGAAUCCCAGGAAAAGCUAUAGGCUACAAAAGCUAUAGGACAUUUAUUUGUAUUAUUUUUUAUACUAGACUUAAUAGCCUAUUCGGGGAAAGAAGAAGGCUUGAUCUUGCUAAUUGCUGAAUGUAAACAGGUCUACAGCAUAGGCAAAUUAACUGUCGGGGAAAGUUGAGGAGAGAAACUGUGUUGAUGUGAUCACUUUUAUCCGGUUAUGAUUACAACAUUGUUGCACUGAUGCAAUGCAAAUAGUUACAAAGGACAUAGAUGAGCACAGUGAAAAAUAAGACAGAAGGAACUGACAACCAUUAGAUAAAUGGAAAUCACUUGCAAACCACUUGAGCAACGAUGCAAUGACAUGCUGUCUCCUGAGUGGCGCAGUGGUCUAAGGCACUGCAUUGCAGUGCUAACUGUGCCACUAGAGAUCCUGGUUCGAAUCCAGGCUCUGUCGCAGCCGGCCGCGACCGGGAGACUCAUGGGCGGCGCACAAUUGGCCCAGCGUCGUCCAGGGUAGGGGAGGGAAUGGCCGGCAGGGAUGUAGCUCAGUUGAUAGAGCAUGGCGUUUGCAACGCCGGGGUUGUGGGUUCGAUUCCCACGGGGGGCCAGUAUAAAAAAAAAAAAAUAUUCACUAACUGUAAGUCGCUCUGGAUAAGAGCGUCUGCUAAAUGACUUAAAUGUAAUGCUGUAAAAGAUGCGCAGGCUAAACGUUGUUUAUUGUUGAAUUGCUACAUUUAAAUACGAGUUACUAUAUUCUUUUUCAGUAGGCCUACAUGUACAUUGAAGUGUUAUUUAUUUACAGUUGUCACUAUGACAGUGAACACACCCUGAAAAGACUGAAUGGUAUUGUGUGACCACCUUAUUAAUAGGCCUACAGCAUGCAGUAGGAUGCGUUGAUCAGUUGAUUGACAGGCGUAAGACUGUAGAACGAUAAACUAUCCUCUAUUGUGGAUGCUCACCAACAUUUUAUAGUUAUGUAGACUAUAGUUUAUCAUUAUAGUUAUAGGCUUGGUGGAUGGCCCUUAACUCUGACACAACACAACUAACAUAAUUAUAACAACACAACUACUAGCAGGUAUAGCUAACGUUAGUGAACUUGAAUUAAAUACAUCUAUAAAUACAGUUAUAUUGUUUAAUUUACUUUGAUGCUCUAUGAAUUGACCUAGAAUAAUUAUCUCUGUCAAGUUUGCCACCGCCGCGCUGCAGUAGGGAGGUAAAGCGAAGUCGAAUCCAUCACUUCCGUUGUUUGGCUGUGCCCAUAGCAACGUUCGAAAAUGAGGUGGAUACACUGUCAUAACCUGCUUUAUCAUGUAAGGUUUUUGGUUACAUUGGAACAACACUAGCAUUUAUUGUCUCAUUUACUGAAGUAAUAAACCAUACACGUACAGUAAAGUGAACUCUUGAAGGACAGUGGAAGUUGAUAAAAGAGCUUCUUGCUGAAUUUCCUCUUCACUUCAAAUGAUUUUCAUGAAAGGUGUGGAGACAUCCUCUAGGGAAAUAUCAAAUAGGAUUUCCUCUUUAUCCUAGUGGUGAAAUAUGUCUCCUUCUACCCUUACACCUCAUUGGACUAGCUUAACCCUGGGAUAAACACAUACAACAUCAUAAACAUGUUUUUCUCUAAUGUCUUUCAUCGACUAGUAGUUUCCCAUUCAGUUAUUGUGUUGGUUGGUCAUUUCUGAUCUGUAUUUACUGGUGGUGGCUUGUAACUUAUAGGGUCUUUGUUUAAGCCAUAGGACUUAUGGAGUCGGUCAUUAUAAUGCUUGACCCUAUCUUAGCUAGCCUGGUCCCACAUCUGUUUGUGUUGUAUAGGAGUUGACAAGACAGCACAACCAGAUCUGGGAUCAGUCUAUAACUAGGCUAUACAGUACCUCACAAAGAGGAGGUGGUGGAUGUUUUCAAUGGUGACUGACCGAAAGAGACCCUGUGUGAUGGGCAAACAAGUUGGCUUUUGAUUUCGUUAGGACUUUUGAUAUUGUAACAACCUUUUUAACCCUUGCUACUUAGGAACUUAAAGGGAUAUGAAGGUGUGCGUGUGUGUUUAGCUCUCUGUAUUGUAGUUGUGUGUGUGUACAUACAUGCAUGGUCACAUACACUCCCCUCCAUAUAUAUUUGGACAGAGAAGCAACAUUUCUUUACUUUGGCUCUAUACUCCAGAUUUUUGGAUUUGAGAUCAAAUGUCAAAUGUUUUAUUUUAGGGUAUUUUUAUACAUAUAUUUUUUACCGUUAAGAAAUGAAAGCACUUUAUGUAUCUAGUCCCCCCAUUUGAAGAAGUCAUAAGUAUUGUGACAAAUUUACAUAUAGUGUAUUAAAGUAGUCAAAAGUUUAGUAUUUGAUCCCAUAUUCCUUGCACUCAAUGACUACAUCAAGCUUGUGACUCUACAAAAUUGUUGGAUUCAUGUGCAGUUUGUUUUGGUUGUGUUUUGGAUUAUAUUUUGCCCAAUAGGAACUAAAUGAUGAAUAAUGUAUUUUGCCAUUGUGGAGUAACUUUAAUUGUAACUGCAAAAUAAGGUGUUUCUGAACAUGAACUGUGAAUAAUGAUGAGUGAGAUGGUACAAAGAUGAUCCCCCCCAAAAUGCUAACCUCCCCUGUUAUUGGUAAUGGUGAGAGGUUAGCAUGCAGGGUUUUUUCUGUAUCAAAAAGAGGCUUAGGUGGUGGCAAUGGCAGAGGGCGUGGCAUGGGGCGUAGCAGGGGGUGCGUUCGCCCCAUCGGCGUGGCUGAAUUUCAGAGAAAAUUUUACAGGCCCCCCAUCUUGGCGGUGGAGAGAAAUGUUUGCAUUUUUAAGCCAAUUUCCUGCAAUUCUACACAUUUCUCCAUGGAGCUGAGAGAAAUGUUUGCCGUUUUAAAGCAAAUUUCCUGCAAUUCUAUGCAUUUUGGCGUGGCUUAUGCUGUGUUCUUCUGCUUAAACAUAAUAACAUUUACAUUUUUUGACAUUUAGCAGACAUUCUUAUCCAGAGCGACUUAUAGGAGCAAUUAUGGUCAAGUGCCUUGCUCAAGGGCACAUCGACAGAUUUUUCACCUAGUCGGCUCGGGGAUUCGAACCAGUGACUUUUCGGUUACUGGCCCAACGCUCUUAACCGCUAGGCUACCUGCCACCCCAAAAGCUGUACUGCUAAAUUCUUUGUUUUGGGAAUUUUCAAUUCUUCCUGACUGUCUAGCUUUUAUCCUGGUGAUUGUUAGUUCUCAAAGAAUAUAGUAUUUGGUAACAAUUUACUUUGACUACAUAUCCAUAAGGCUUUUAUUACACAUCUAUAAGCAUUCAUGAACAUGUUAUAACAGAUCCCAACCGCAUUGUUAAAGGUUAAUGAAAUAUAUCCAUAGCAUAUCUAUAGCGCAUUCAUGUCAUGCUAUGCAAGAGCUCAUAUUUAGAUAUCUUAAUAGAUGCAUUAUUACAAUGACAGCGUAGUGUCAUCAUUAUGGCUGUUCUCAAAAGUGUGCUUCUGCCAUACCAGUGUUAGGGAAUAUGGCAAAGGUCCAAACCACAUUUGGGAAAUGAAGCUAAUAUAUAGCCUGUACCAGCCCCAUUUCCCCCACCGGCCGGUAUAGGACCGUGACUUACCUCCUGCUUCUUCUCAGAGGUCAAUGGUGCAUGAAGAUCACCACAGGGUUGAUUCCUCAGGGUAAAUUUUACGGAUCAACUCUUUCUUAACUCAUUAACAGUCGUCCUCCACAUUAAGUUGGUCAUACAAGUCUAUAAAGCACACAUGAAGUGUCUAUUUAUGAAUUCAUACAUGGACACUUCAGGUGUGAGUUAUAGACCAGUUUGACCAACUGAAUUGUGAUGUGGAGGAGGACUGGUAAUGAGUUACGAAAGAGUUAUGACCCUCAACUACACGAAUUGAUCCGUAAAAUGUACCCUGAGGAUUCAACCCUGUGGUGACCUUCAUGCACCAUUGACCUCUGAGAAGAAGCAGGAGAUAAGUCACGGGCCUAUACCAACCGGUGGGGGAAACGGAGCUGGUACAAACUAAUAUGACCCCACUAUUGAAAGGGGAGACUCACGAAUACGGUGGUGUUCUUCGUUUUACUCUACGACCCCCACAAGGGUCGUCUGAAGGUAACCCAUACAAAUGAAUGGAAGUAUGGAGGUAGUUUUGUGCCAACAGAAAAAGGGGUUAAAUAUGUGUCCAAAAAACAAAAAUAUUUCCUGAGCUUUCUUAUAUCUCCUAGAUAUAGGACAGACACUUCAAAACCAUAUUCCUUAUGAUAAAUUUUUUGACAUUUUAUGAAUGUGUUAUUCAAUGCAUUUUUUAUGGGCUAUAGCUUCUGCUAAAUGAUGUAAAUGUAAAUGUAGAGGGAAUGCACUAGAAGUGAAUUUGUUCUUCAAAUGGGGGGAUUGGAUACAUAAAGUGCUUUCAUUUCUAAACGGUACCCCUUGACUUUUUCCACAUUUUGUGUUACAUCCUGAAUUUAAAAUGGAUUCAAUUGAGAUUUUUUUUCAUUGGCCUACACACAAUACCCUAUAAUGUCAAAGUGGAAUUAUGUUUUGUUUAACGUUUUUACAAAUUAAUUAAAAAUGAAAAGCUGAACUGUCUUGAGUCAAUAAGUAUUCAUGGUAAGCCAAAAUAAAUUCAGGAGUAAAAAUUUGCUUAACAAGUCACAUAAUAAGUUGCAUGGACUCGCUCUGUGUGCAAUAAUAGUGUUUAACAUGAUUUUUGAAUGACUACCUAAUCUCUGUACCCACACAUACAAUUAUCUGUAAGGUCCCUCAGUUGAGCAGUGAAUUUCAAACACAGAUGCAACCACAAAGACCAGGGAGGUUUUCCAAUGCCUGGCAAAGAAGGGCACCUAUUGGUAGAUCGGUUUAAAAAACAAAACAGACAUUGAAUAUCCCUUUGAGCAUGGUGAAGUUAUUAAUUACACUUUGGGUGGUGUAUCAAUACACCCAAUCACUACAAAUAUACAGGCGUCCUUCCUAACUCUGGAGAGGAAGGAAACCGCUCAGGGAUUUCACCAUGAGGCCAAUGGUGACUUUAAAACAGUUACAGAGUUUAAUGGCUGUGAUACGAGAAAACGGAGGUUGGAUCAACAACAUUGUAGUUACUCCACAAUGCUAACCUAAUUGACAGAGUGAAAAGAAGGAAGCCUGUAAAGAAUAAAAUAUUCCAAAACAUGCAUCCUGUUUGCAUCAAGGCACUAAAGUAAUAAAAAAAAAUGUGGCAAACAUUUAACUUUUUGUCCUGAAUACAAAGUGAUAUGUUUGGGGCAAAUCCAAUACAACACAUUACUGAGUACCACUCUCAAUGUUUACAAGCAUAGUGGUGGCUGCAUCAUGUUAUGGGUGGGUAUGCUUGUAAUCGUUAAGGACUGGGGAGUUUUUCAGGAUAAAAAAUCAACUGAAUGGAGCUAAGCACAGGCAAAAUCCUAAAGGAAAACCUGGUUCAGUCUACUCUACAUCAGACACUGGAAGAUUAAUUCACCUUUCAGCAGGAUAAUAACCUAAAACACAAGGCCAAAUCUACACUGGAGUUGCUCACCAAGAAGACAGUGAAUGUUCCUGAGUGGCCGAGUUACAGUUUUGACUUAAAUCUGCUUGAAAAUCUAUGGCAAGACUUAAAAAUGGUUGUCUAGCAAUGAUCAAGAAACUAUUUGACAGAGCUUGAAGAAUUUUGAAAAGAAUAAUGGGCGAAUGUUGCAUAAUCCAGGUGUAAUGCUGCCAAAGGUGAUUCUAACAUGUAUUGACUCAGGGGUGUAAAUACUUAUGUCAAUGAGAUAUUUCUGUAUUUCAUUUUCAAUAAAAUGCAAAGAUUUCUAAUAACAUGUUUUCACUUUGCCAUUAUUGGGUAUUGUGUGUAGAUGGGUGAGAAAAACAAGCUAUUUAAUCCAUUUUGAAUUCAGGCUGUAACACAUCAAAAUGUGGAAUAAGUCAAGGGGUAUGAACAUACCCUCAAAUAAAAGGUGACGUCGCCUCAUAUGAAAUAUUUUAUCUAAAAUCCAAAAAUGCAAGUGUAUAGAUAUACAAUUUCAAAUUGAAGCUUCACUGUCCAAAUACAUGUGGAGGGGAGUAUACAGUAUGUGUAUACCACAGGAGGCUGCUGAGGGGAGGACGGCUCAUAAUCAUGUCUGGAACGGAGCAGAAUGGAACGGCAUCAAACACCUGGAAACCAUGUGUUUGAUGUACAGGAUUUGAUACCAUUCAACUGAUUCCGCUCCAGUCAUUACCACAAGCCUGUUCUCCCCAAUUAAGGUGCUACCAACUUCCUGUGGUGUAUAUGUGUGUGUGCAUGCAUCUCUCUCUCUCUCUCUGUCUCUGUCUCUGUCCCUCUCUGUACUGUGUGUGUGGCUUACAUGAGUGCUGUUGUCAGCUUAAACCUUGCCUUACUAGAUCCGUCUGGUUUACAGGGGUUAUAUUGGUGUGUUGUGUUGGGAAGGCACGGUUAAUACUGUAGUGGGCUAAAUGAGGUUCACAGAGGGUUUCUUGGUCUUAAACAAAUCUACUUUGAAACAAAAGUAUACACCUCACACACAUUGUUAUGGGCUUAAAAGAAAUAAGACACCUGUACCUUGUCAGUUAUAGAAUUGAAAUGUAUUCAAAUUUGAGUUUGCAUCCCAAUAUUGCACUAUAUAUAUCACAGAAGACUGAAAUAUACUGAACAAAAACAUAAACGCAACAUUCAACGAUUUUACUGAGUUACAGUUCAUAUAAGGAAAUCAAUCAAUUGAAAUAAAUUCAUUUGGCCCUAAUCUAUGGAUUUCACAUGACGGGCAGUAGGCGCAGCAUAGGCCCACCUACUGGGGAGCCAGGCCCAGCCAAUCAGAAUUAGUUUUUCCCCACAAAAGUGCUUUAUUACAGACAGAAAUACUCCUUAGUUUCGUUCAGCUGUCUGGGUUGCUGGUAUCAGACGAUCCCGCAGGUGAAGAAGCCAGAUGUGGAGGUCCUGGGCUGGUGUGGUUACAGGUGGUUAUGAGGCUGGUUGGACGUAAUGCCAAAUUCUCUAAAACGACAUUGGAGGCGGCAUAUGGUAGAGAAAUUAACAUUAAAUUAUCUGGUAAUAGCUUUGGUGGACAUUCCUGCAGUCAGCAUGCCAAUUGCACGCUCCCUCAAAACUUGAGGAAUCUGUGGCAUGGCGUUGUGUGACAAAACCGCACAUUUUAGAGUGGCCUUAUAUUUUUCCCCAGCACAAGGUGCACCUGUGUAAUGAUAAUGUGUUUAAUCAGCAUUUCUGGGAUCUUUUAUUUCACUUUACAUGUUGCGUUUAUAUUUGUGUUCAGUAUAUAAAAAAACUGUCUGACAUAGAAACACCAGAUUUUCGGAGUAAAUGUUUUGAAAAAUAUGAAUAACAUUCCACCCAUGAGGCUAGUGGGUCAUUUGACUGCAGGAAAGGGCUAUGUUAACACACAUUCAUGGGCCUCCCGAGUGGCGCAGCGGUCUAAGGCACUGCAUCUCAGUGCUUGAGGCGUCACUACAGACUCCCUGGUUUGAUUCCAGGGGCGGCGCACAAUUGGCCCAGCGUCGUCCGGGUUUGGCCGGUGUAUGCCGUCAUUGUAAAUAAGAACUGACUUGCCUAAUUAAAUAAAGGUAAAAAUAAAUAAAAUUCCAGGGCUGGUUUCUACUCGAACCUGCAACACCUGUGUAUUUGGAGUGUUUUCACCUCUUAGCAACAUUGAUCUGUUCUUCUGUUUUUCAACUACCUCAGGUGCUCAGAGUACCACAGUUUAGAGUGCUUGUUGCUCAAGUACUUGACUUGAUCCAUUUACCCCAUUGAGGCACCAUUUGCAUUUCCUUUUUUUCUGAAAAGAUACAGUGAUACUGAAGUAAGUCACUAAAGAUAUCACUGGAGAGAGAGAGAGAGAGCGAGAGAGAGCGAGAGAGAGCGAGAGAGAGAGAGAGAGAGAGAGAGAGAGAGGAGAGAGAGAGAGAGAGAGAGAGAGAGAGAGAGAGAGAGAGAGAGAGAGAGAGACUGACUUCCUAGUAUUUAAACUAUGCCCUAUCUGCAUCUAAACGACCCCACAAGCUCCAAGACAAUCUGAUCACACAGUAGUGGCUUCGGUCGGUGAGAAUAUCGCCCGGGAGGGCGGGAAUGGAAACUUCAUUUUCUGGGCUAAUAUUAGCCCGGGCCAGGCCUCCUCUGGAAAAUUCCUUUUAAAUGAUCACUUGCUGAGAAAAGGCAAAGAAUUUGUUCAGCGAUUUGGUUGACAGUAUUUUGCAUGGAGGGGUUUUUGCAGACAGUGGCAUUGUAGUAGCGGGUCCUGGGAAAGCAGAUGUGGGUUCAGGUUUCAGAUGACUAAUGGAAUGAUUGUCAUUGCUGUGUGCCAGACAGUAGAACACUGUUUGUCUUAUUUUAAACUGAUUGAUACAGAUCAAUACAGUCACGUUAUAGGCCAACAGCUUGACAUCAUGUCAUGGUAUAGCAUCAAAGUAGGCUACUGUUACUACUGUAUUACUGUUACUAUAUUACUGUUACUACUGUAUUACUGUUACUACUGUAUUACUAGUGUUACUGUAUUACUGUUACUACUGUAUUACUAGUGUUACUAUAUUACUGUUACUACUGUAUUACUGUUACUACUGUAUUACUAGUGUUACUAUAUUACUGUUACUACUGUAUUACUAGUGUUACUAUAUUACUGUUACUACUGUAUUACUGUUACUACUGUAUUACUAGUGUUACUAUAUUACUGUUACUACUGUAUUACUAGUGUUACUAUAUUACUGUUACUACUGUAUUACUGUUACUACUGUAUUACUAGUGUUACUGUAUUACUGUUACUUACUGUAUUAACUAGUGUUACUGUAUUACUGUUACCCUGUUUACUGUUACUUUUACUGUUACUACUGUAUUACUAGUGUUACUAUAUUACUGUUACUACUGUAUUACUAGUGUUACUAUAUUACUGUUACUACUGUAUUACUAGUGUUACUAUAUUACUGUUACUACUGUAUUACUAGUGUUACUAUAUUACUGUUACUACUGUAUUACUAGUGUUACUAUAUUACUGUUACUACUGUAUUACUAGUGUUACUAUAUUACUGUUACUACUGUAUUACUAGUGUUACUAUAUUACUGUUACUACUGUAUUACUAGUGUUACUAUAUUACUGUUACUACUGUAUUACUGUAUAUGUGUUACAUAUUACUUACUGUUACUACUUGUAUUACUAGUGUUACUAUAUUACUGUUACUACUGUAUUACUAUGUGUUACUAUAUUACUGUUACUACUGUAUUACUAGUGUUACUAUAUUACUGUUACUACUGUUUAUAGUGUUACUAUAUACUGUUACUACUGUAUUACUAGUGUUACUAUAUUACUGUACUACUUUACUGUUAUUACUAUGUUUACUAUAUUACUGUUACUACUGUAUUACUAGUGUUACUAUAUUACUGUUACUACUGUAUUACUAGUGUUACUAUAUUACUGUUACUACUGUAUUACUAGUGUUACUGUAUUACUGUUACUACUGUAUUACUAGUGUUACUGUAUUACUGUUACUACUGUAUUACUAGUGUUACUAUAUUACUGUUACUCGAACUGUAAUUACUUUAGUUGUUACUAUAUUCCUGUUACUAACUGUAUCUACUAGUGUUACUAUUAGCUUGUGUACUACUGUAUUACUAGUGUUACUAUAUUACUGUUACUACUGUAUUACUAGUGUUACUAUAUUACUGUUACUACUGUAUUACUAGUGUUAAUAUAUUACUGUUACUACUGUAUUACUAGUGUUACUAUAUUACUGUUACCACUGUAUUACUAGUGUGUUACUAUCUUACUGUUACUACUGUAUUACUAGUGUUACUAUGUUACUCACUGUUACUUUCUACAAGAAUUCAGACCCCUUGACUUUUUCCACAUUUUGUUACAUUACAGCCUUAUUCUAAAAUUGAUUAAAUUGUUGUUUUUCCUCAUCCAUCUACACACAAUACCCCAUAAUGACAAAGCAAAAACUGGUUUUUAUAAAUAUUUGGAAAUGUAUUAAAAAUAAAAAACUGAAAUAUCACAUUUACAUAAGUAUUCAGACCCUUUACUCAGUACUUUGUUGAAGCACCUUUGGCAGCGAUUACAGCCUCGAGUCAUCUUGGGUAUGAAGCUACAAGUGUGGCAUUUGGGGAGUUUCUUCCAUUCUUCUCUGCAGAUCCUCUCAAGCUCUGUCAGGUUGCUGCACAGCUAUUUUCAGGACUCUCCAGAGAUAUUCGGUUGGGUUCAAGUCCGGGCUCUGGCUGGGCCACUCAAGGACAUUCAGAGACUUGUCCUGAAGCCACUCCUGCAUUGUCUUGGCUGUGUGCUUAGGGUCGUUGUCCUGUUGGAAGGUGAACCUUCGCCCCAGUCUGAGAUCAUGAGCGCUCUGGAGCAGGUUUUCAUCAAGGAUCUCUCUGUACUUUGCUCCUUUCUUUUUUCCCUCAAUCCUGACUAGUCUCCCAGUCCCUGCCGCUGAAAACAUCCCCACAGCAUGAUGCUACCACCACCAUGCAUCACCGUUGGGAUGGUGCCAGGUUUCCUCCAGACAUGAUGCUUGGCAUUCAGGCCAAAGAGUUCAAUCUUGGUUUCAUCAGACCAGAGAAUCUUGUUUCACAUGGUCUGAGAGUCCUUUAGGUGCCUUUUGGCAAACUCCAAGCGGGCUGUCAUGUGCCUUUUACUGAGGAGUGGCUUCCGUCUGGCCACUCUACCAUAAAGGCCUGAUUGGUGGAGUGCUGCAGAGAUGGUUGUCCUUCUGGAAGGUUCUCCAUCUCCACAGAGGAACUCUGGAGCGCUGUCAGAGUGACCAUUGGGUUCUCGAUCACCUCCCUGACCAAGGCCCUUCUCACCCGAUUGCUCAGUUUGGCCGGGCGGCCAGCUUUAGGAAGAGUCUUGGUGGUUCAAACGUUUUCCAUUUACGAAUGAUGGAGGCCACUGUGUUCUUGGGGACCUUCAAUGCUGCAGACAUUUUUUGGUACUCUUCCACAGAUCUGUGCCUCGACACAAUCCUGUCUCGGAGCUCUACGGACAAUUCCUUCGAACUCAUGGCUUGGUUUUUCCUCUGACAUGCACUGUCAACUGUGGACCCUUAUAUAGACAGGUGUAUGUAUGCCUUUCCAAAUCAUGUCCAAUCAAUUGAAUUUACCACAGGUGGACUCCAAUCAAGUUGUAGAAACAUCUCAAGGAUGAUCAAUGGAAACAGGAUGCACCUGAGCUCAAUAUCAAGUCUCAGAGCAAAGGUUCUGAACACUUAUAUAAAUAAGGUAUUUCCGUUUUUUAUUUUUUAUAUAUUUUCAAACAUUUCUAAAACCCUGUUUUCACUUUGUCAUUAUGGGGUAUUGUGUGUAGAUUGAUGAGGGAAAAAAAUAAUUUAAUACAUUUUAGAAUACGGCUGUAACGUAGCAAAAUGUGGAAAAAGGGAAGAGGUCUGAAUACUUUCCAAAUGCCCUGAUGAAAUAUCCCAAAUGUGAAAUACAGUAUUGAUAUAUGAUGUAUGCUUCAUUAUAUUUUGCAAUGUAUAAUUAAGCAAUAAGGCCAUAGCAGGUGUGGUAUAAAUACACAGAGUACCUGGCUACAGCACUUAGCCGUUGAAUAUUCGCCAUAUACUACAAACCCCUGAGGUGCCUUAUUGCUAUUAUAAACUGGUUACCAACGUAAUUAGAACAGUCAGAAUUAUUUUUCAGCCAGUCAGCAUUCAGGGCUCGAACAACCCAGUUUAUAAUUAGUGAUAUAUUACAUGAACAGAGAGUUCUUGACCUCUAACCACUGAGUGUUUUAAAGGACCACAGUGUUCAUAAGUUGACAUUUAUAGCGUUGGCUCUUGCUGCACUUUGUCACUAUGACCCCAACUUUACAACCUCUUAAAUGUGUUUUAUCUCUGUCUCUAUCUAUCUCUCUAUCUCUGUCUCUCUCUCCUUCUGUAUGUGCGUGUUAAGGAAAAUCCCACCUGGCCAUAGUUCAGAGGGUGAACAACGAGGGUGAGGGGGACCCCUUCUACGAGGUCCUGGGCAUCGUCACCCUGGAGGACAUAAUCGAGGAAAUCAUCAAGUCAGAGAUCCUGGACGAGACAGACUUGUACAGUAGGUGCCCAAACGAUUUACUUUACGCACAUUUUACUGAAAUGAAGUGGUAUCAAUGUUUUCAUUUUGAGUAACUAUAACCUGUUACCCGACUAGUACCACUUUAAUGUAAGGUUCUACCGCAAAGGUUUAGCUUCCAGGCAUUUGUAAAAUAAAUUAUUUUUAUUUUAUGUCCAGUAAUGUUUCAACGGCAACUAUGUUUUCCAAAUGUUUUAUUUUCAAUUGUACUUACAUUUUCCAUAGGGAAAGAAUAUAUUUGCUUGAAAAGAGAUUCCUUUGAAUAACUAAAGUGUAUUCAGCCUUGUACCUAGGAAAUGCACUAUCAAAGUCAGCUUACAAUUUCACCCUUUUCCUAAAAACAAUUCCUCCCCUAUCAUCCCAUUCCCCAAUUCUUUCUCCACUCAGCUGACAACAAAACGAAGAAGAAAAUCACCCAUCGUGAGCGGAAGCAGGAUUUCUCAGCCUUCAAGCCCAACGACAGUGAAAUGAAGGUUAAAAUAUCACCUCAGCUUCUGCUGGCAACCCUGCGUUACCUAGCAACAGGCAAGUGUGCACACUGCGUUGCUGCUUGACUUCCCCCAGUGUGCCCUCAGAACCCUGACUGUGGAACGUGUGUGUGUGGAGGGGGAGAGAGUGUGUGGCAAGAGUGUGUGUUUGUGACAAGUGAAUGUGUGUGUGUGUAUGUGGCGAGAGUGUGUGUUUGUGUGUGUGUUUGAGACGAGAAUGUGUGUGUGGGUACACGUGGAAGAGGAGGCGCUAGGUCUCUGGGGAGCGCGACACGGGAUGUCUGCACAGACUUUAUAUGGCUCAGUCUGAAAACAUGGCCGACUAUUUGCUUGCAUGUCAUGUUCUCAGGGGUUGGGAGACUGUAGCAUUAGCUUGGAACGCAUAUCAUUAUUUGUUUACACUACUUUUACAAUGACAUCACUUUCAACAGUUUGGCUGAUUGCUUGGGGUUCUCACAGAAAGCAUGUCUACAUGUUUGCAUGCCAGACCUGCAUUCACAUAUCUUUGAAAUUCUUGAUUGAGAUGUGCUUGAUUGAGCUUGUCUGGGGCAAUGGAUCCAAUGGAAUAGUCCCCAAAGUGCAAACCCCACCCAUCUGGCACUUCAGGCAGGCUAAAGCAAACAGGCUAAAGCUCAAAGCAGAACAUUAGAUCUAGAUCAAUUUAUGGCUAUGGCGCCAAGUGUUUAAAAGAUUUUAAAUACUAUUAGAAAAAUCCCAUGGAACGUACAACCGGAACCACCAUGGAAUGUCCCAGCUAGCUACCAGUAGUAGAGCACAGAUUAUUAAAAUAUGUUGCAGUUGUAGGGGAUUUGGUGAGAACUUUGACCUAGUAAGCUGCUAAACAUCGCUUAAGGCUGUGGCCCCUCUGGCCCCUCUAAAGGAACUUUGGCUAUUAGCAGGGCCAGUCCCUACCAUAGCGUGGUGGAGCAAGCUGCCAACUGAGACAUAUCACCACACUCUGGUGUCAGGGGCAUGAUUGGUUAACCUUUUUUACCUUGACCAGUGAGAAUCAUGAUAGAGGAUGGGAAGAAUCCAAUUGAGCCUGUUUGGAAUACACGUGAUUAUAGUCAAGUUACCAUAGAUAAGGUGGUAAUGAGGUGAUAUGGUAAAUGCAAGAGAGGGAGUGUGUUUUUAAAUGGAAUUGUAUUGUUGAUAUGGUAUUGUACGGUUUUACAUCACAACAUCUUGUGUCUUACCACUGCAUCAUAUUGUCUUGUACAAUGUUGCAUCAAACUGUAUUGGUCAAUUUGUUCUUAAAUUAUGUCUCUCUCCAUCUCUCUCUCUCUCUCUCUCUCUCUCUCUCUCUCUCUCUCUCUCUCUCUCUCUCACUUUCUCUUCAUCCGUCCCCCUCUCCAGAGGUGGAGUCGUUCGGGCCGGUGCAGAUGUCAGAGAAGAUCCUGCUGCGUCUCCUCAAACACCCCAACGUGAUCCAGGAGCUGAAGUACGACGAGAAGAACAAGAGAGCACCGGAGCACUACCUCUUCCACAGGAACAAGCCUGUGGACUACUUCAUACUCAUCCUGCAGGUCAGUACCAAGCCACGCUAUUGGGCCAGUGGUUAGCACAGGGCUGCGCUAUUGGGCCAGAACCAGGAAGAUAAAACACUACAGUCACUUAACUGUUGUACUUGCCUUUCUUGCACUCACAAGCACUGAUUUUGCAGAUAGCAACUAUUUUACUUGCAAUGAUUGCGAUGCUGUAUGUAGUUGUAAAAUGACAACAAUGACAAAUGUAGAACGGGGCCACGCUAUCGGGCCAGGUCAGAAAGGGGCCACGCUAUCGGGCCAGGUCAGAAAGGGGCCAUGCUAUUGGGCCAGGUCAGAAAGGAGCCAUGCCAGGGCCACUACACUCUUCAGCCGUGGUUACACCUUGCAUUAACAUGUGGUUGUCAGCAUCCGAUCAAGAUGGAGAUUUGUUGCAUCCACACAUGGUAAUAAAACAUGUCUGUUAUCUGCCCACUACGUUUGUAUUGUGACCAGAUUCCCUGGUCCCUCCCUAUAUGCAAAUUAAUCCACAGAUCUAACGCAAAUACUAUGGAGGAAUAAAGUUAAGUUCUAAAAGUAGCCUAAAGAGUCAUUCGUAUUAUAGCCUACAUUAUAUUGGACAGUGGCCUCGCUCAUGCUUACAGAAAGCUAUGUGUCUUUACGCAUCAGUUUCUACCUCUUCUGCACUUUUUUGCUAUAGAGAUUUGUCUUGAAAAUGCUCAAAGAUUGACAGAAUAUAAUACACAGGAUUGCAUACUUUAUUGCUAUAGAGAUUUGUCUUGAAAAUGCUUGAAGAUUGACAUAAUAUAAUACACAGGAUUGUAUUAUACACCAGGGGUCAGAUUCUAAUCAUUGAACAGUGAUAAUUCACUAACGGAGUCUCUUUCACUUAUCAAGAGUUGAUAGACUGAUACAGAAUUACAGAAUUUAAACUGAACUACAAAAGUAAUGGGGGUGCAGCUCUGUAUAAAAAGGCAUUGGCCUUUUUGUAGGAUUCUUUUUUUUUUAAUGAUUUCGAUUUUUCGCUGGCAUUGGACAUGGGAACGGGAGAACCCUUUUUCUCUCAUUCGGGACAAUAUCUGUUCAUAAAUAUCUUUAUUUCUAUAUGCGUUAUCUAAUUUCGAUUGGACUUCAAAUAUUUUCUUUUAUUUUUUCUUUAUUUAACUAGGCAAGUCGGUUAAGAACAAAUUCUUAUUUACAAUGACGGCCUACACCGGCCAAACCCGGACGACGCGGGGCCAAUUGUGCGCCGCCCUAUGGGACUCCCAAUCACGGCCGGUUGUGAUACAGCCUGGAAUCAAACCAGGGGUCUGUAGUGACGCCUCAAGCACUGAGAUGCAGUGCCUUACAUUUACAUUUUAGUCAUUUAGCAGACGCUCUUAUCCAGAGCGACUUACAGUUAGUGACUACAUACAUUAUUUUUUUCAUACUGGCCCCCCGUGGGAAACGAACCCACAACCCUGGCGUUGCAAACGCCAUGCUCUACCAACUGAGCUACAUCCCUGCCGGCCAUUCCCUCCCCUACCCUGGACGACGCUGGGCCAAUUGUGCGCCACCCCAUGGGUCUCCCGGUCGCGGCCGGCUACAACAGAGCCUUAGACCACUGCGCCACUCGGGAGCCCAUGAUCUUGAAGACCAUGAUUUUAAUUCGGGAGGAAUUGUUGCGGUAUCGUUGUCCAUAAUUACUACCUCAACUGGCUGGUGCAAUUUAUUUUUAGAGUGUGGGACAACUGGGACGUUAGCCAAAUUUAUAAGCUUUCGUGGUCAGGAUUCGUUUACACUUCAAGGAUAUCCGUACAAGAUGAAUCUUCGACUACCUCCGGAGUUCACAAUGUGUCUUUUGAUUGUCUACUACUGUCGACGAAUGUGGGCACAAUCAGAAUGUGGAAAAGAUCAGGACAACUGACGCAUGUUAGAGCCAGUUAUAAAUGAGGCUUUAGAAAAAAAGGUGCGAUCUAGAAUCUAAACGGUUCUUCGGCUGUCCCUUUAGGAGGACACUUUGAAGAACCCUUUUUGAUUCCAGGUAGAACCUUUUUUGGGUUCAGUGUAAAACCCUUUCCACAGAGGGUUCUACCUGGAGCCAAAAAGGGUUCUCAUAUGGGGACAGCUAAAGAACCUUCUGGAACCCUUUUUAUACGAGUGUAGGCCAAGAAGGGGAUUGUCAGCUAUUAAACAAAGCAGGGGAUUUUGCCAUGAAUAGUAAACAAGAGUGAGAUUUUCCCUCAAGUCAGGGUGGCAACAUGAGGGUGAUGCAAGUCGGAAGUGAUGCUGCAAGCGCCUGUUUUAAAGGCCCAGUGCAGUCAAAAACUUGAUUUUCCUGUAUUUUAUAUAUAUUUCCGCACUAUGAUGUUGGAAUAAUACUGUGAACAUGUUUAAAUUAUGAUAAUGCCCUUUUAGUGUAAGAGCUGUUUGAAAAGGCCGCCUGAAAUUUCAGCCUGUUUUUGGUGGGAUGGAGUUUUGGCCUGCCUGGGGACAUCAUCAGGCGUUAAAUUAGUUAAUAGACCAAUAAGAAAGAGAGAUCCAAACCUCUCUGCCAAUAACAGCUUUCAGGUUUCCCCUCCCCACUCAGACCACUCCCAGACAGUUGUAGCAAACCUCUUGAGAAAUUGCUCUUUGCUAAGAAGCUAUUUUUGUUUCCCUUUGACCAUUUUAAUUGAAAACAAUCACAGGAAGAUACUUAAUUGUUACCAAGGAAUGAUUUGAUAUUGAGAUAAAAACGUCUGCAUUGGGUCUUUAAUCUUUCAGAGAAAGUGUUACAGACGGAUUGGCUGAAAUGUUGCAGCAUGCAAACAGGACAUUUACUUUGUGGACUUAAAAGCCCCAAUGCAGAUGUUUUUUAAUAUCAAUAUCAAAUCAUUUCUGGGUAACAAUUAAGUACCAUGCUGUUAUAGUUUUCCAUUAAAAGUGUCAAAAAUUAACAAAAAUAGCUUUUUAGCAAAAAUAUAUUUCUCAAGCAAGAAUGUUUUUAGGACGGUCUAGGAGUGGUCUAAGUGGGUAGGGGGAGGGCACCUGAAAACAAAAAACUUGCUGUUAUUGGUAGAGAGGUUUGAACUCUCUUUGUUAUUGGUCUAUUAACUUAUUCACCACCUGGUGAUGUCACUAGGCACACCGAAACUCCACCCAUGCAAAACCUGCUGAUGAGAUUGUAUUUUCAAGCAGCAACUAUCAGGAAAUAACACUGAUCACAUUUAGUUAGUUUGAUCAGCUGUUGUACAAUAUGAAACAAAACACAGGAAAAACAGAAUGCACUGGGCCUUUAAAAGAACGUGAAGUAGAUCGUAACCCUACUGAGAAGGAGAGAUUUGUCUGAAUAUUGUUCAAGGUGUGAAUUCUGAAAUGUUGUUAUGCGGUUCAAUCAAUGCCUCAACUAUAAUGCUGCUAAAACAAAAACACAAGUGAAUUUAGCUGAUGAUCAACCUCUAAUACCCUGCACUACUUCUCAACUGAUCUGAGUCGUCUUCAGUCUCUUAUGGAAGUAUGUUGUGUUCCUCUGCAGGGGAAGGUGGAGGUGGAGGCGGGGAAGGAAGGGAUGAAGUUUGAAGCAGGAGCGUUCUCCUCCUAUGGGAUGAUGGCUCUCACCGCCUCUCCAGGUAAGACUUCCUUGUAUGCCUACGUCUCAAUGGCUGUGUCUAAAAUGACAUCCUAUAAAUAUUCACUGCAGUACACAACAUUUUUGUCCAGAACCCUACGUUCCUAUAUACAACUACUUUAGAAAAAUAGUACAUUGUAGUCUAUAGGGACCUAUCAUGUAUUUUUCAGAAUUUCCCAAAGCCCUACUACCCAUCAUCGAUUAGCAGCUAAUGAGACAUGGGCUAGGUCUAGGAUGACUGGUUUAGAAAUGGUAAAGAAAAACAGCAUAUCAGUAACCAAGUGAGAUGAAGCCUCUGUAUUUUCGCAGUUCAUUCACAAACUUCCAGUUAGGCGCUAGUAGGAUCUCAGAGACACCUGCUGGUGAGAGGGCAGAAUUACACCAUCCUCAUCAAAACAUUGUCACUGUAGUUUGGUUUAUGGAACAUAGAGUAUAUGCUUAUAAGAUGAUGUAUUUUGUCAUAUUUUAUCACAGACCCUCUUUCAAUGUGCUUGGAUGGCACAUUGGUUGUUUUUCAGGACACGGUGUAUGACGGUAACUUUAUACAAUUAUUUCAUUUGUGGGCUUUGGUGAUGGAUUUUUCCGUGUGUGUCUCCCCUCUCUGUCCUCCAUCUCUCCUCGCCAGUCCCUCUCUCCCUGUCUCGUACCUUCGUUGUCAGUAGGGCUGAGUCCCUAGCAGGAUCUCCAGGUAUAGUAGUCCUUUCCUGUCUGUCUGUCUGUCAGUCUGUCUGUCCGUCCACCCCCCUAUCCCUCUAUCUCUCCAUCUCUCCCCACAUCUAAUAUCACUCUUCCAUCCGUCUAUCAUCCAUUGGGAUGAGUGUGCACUUCACCUAAGCCUGGUAUUUACCGGUACCAAAACUGCAUGAUGUGUUGUGGACAUAGUAACGAAUUCUGGACCUGUUGGUCAUGAGCUUAAAUUCUUUGAGAGUGGAAUUCUCUUGUGCCACAUAGCAAGAAUACUGUGAGCAUUGUUUGUUGCAUGUUUGUGUAUUAAUAUGCAUUUCCUACUUACGUUGUACUGACGUUUGCUUUGCAUUUUAAUGUUGUUUUGCAUGGACGUUUAACAAGGCAUGACUUAUCUGUUGUUUGGACUCUAAAGUGUGUGUGUUACUCUGUACUGUGCAUGUGAAGCGUCCAUUCCUCUGUGUGUGUGUGUGUGUGUGUGUGUGUGUGUGUAACCGUGCCAUAACUCAAGCCAGUGAAUAGUGUAGUAGAGGCCCCCAGAGCGAGGCCUAGUCCCCACUAGAGACAGGCUCCACCCCUCUAGACCCUUAACCCUCUGACUCCAUAAACAAGGCUAUGAGUUACAGCCCCCCGCAGGGCCGCUGACUGCAGCACACACACACACACACACACACACACACACACACACACACACACACACACACAAGCUGCAAGCACACACACACACACACACAAGCUGCAAGCACACACACACACACACAGCUCAAGCCUCUGAUCCACCCCAUAUUUACUAAAUUCCCUCCUCCUCCUUCUUUUCCCCCUUGUCCCACUCCACUCUCCUCCACUCCAUCCCUCCAUCCUCUACCGUCCCCCGUCGGCCCCUAGAAAGUAGAGUACUAAUCUCCCAGGGUUCACAUGCCUGGGCCUUGGUCUACUGCGUGGUUCUGGAGGCCACACCGCUUUAUGCAGACAUCCAAACCCAGGAUUACAUACAUUCCAGCCAGAGCAGUAAGCGUUAACGCCCCAACCCUUUGGAAGCCCAAGUCUUUUCCACCAAGUUGUAUGGGUUUUCUCUCGUCUGCUUUUUAUGAAGUGGAAAACAUAAGCUGAGUUUAAUUAAAAUAAAAUAAAACUUCUAAUUUGAGAAGUGGGGGAAAAAAGCAGCAUCACUCUAGACCACCGACCCCCAUAAAGCGAGGACUUAAAUAUGUAUUAGAUUUCCAUACAUUGCACCAAGGAUUCUUGGCCUAUAUGUUACCUAAUCAUUCAUUUAAACAAAUAGCUUUUCAGUCUGUGUAGAAUUCAGCAAAUAGAUGUACGAUGCACAAUCAGGUUGUGUAGCUGGAGAUCAGAUUACAAACAUAAAUCCUACAGCAGUACUCAUGCAGCUAUAACUCAUCGUGGAUCCCAUAUACAGUAUACAGUAUGUGUUACAUGUUCUGUGGGCUCAAAUCCUGCUUUUAUUCUGUUCUCUGUCAUCUUAUUCAGGUCAAAGAAUAACUCCCCAACUGCUUGGACCAAACCACUCCUAGCUCCCAGAUCAGGGUUGGGGUCAAUUCCAUUUCAAUUCCAGUCAAUUCAGGAAAUACACUGAAAUUCCAAUUCCAGUUCUCUUCAAUGCUGUUCAAUGAUGAAAAUGUAGAAUUGGAAUUGUAAUUUGGUUUACUUUCUGAAUCGACAUGGAAUCGACCCCAACCCCAGAUGUGUAUUUGCUAUGAACAGAAGCCUAAACUUAUAUUCUUCACUAUUCUGUGUCUGUGCAGAGAACAAGUCCCCCCCGCGGCCGUUUGGCCUGAACCACUCGGACUCUCUGAACCGGAGUGACCGCAUCGAUGCCAUCACACCCACGCUGGGGAGCAGUAACAACCAGCUCAAUGCCUUCCUACAGAUCUACAUGCCAGAUUACUCUGUCAGGGCUGUGUCUGACCUGCAGUACAUCAAGGUGAGAGGAUAGUCAGGACACAUACACACAUACACACACUACACACACAUACACUAUACACACACACACACUACAGAUAUACAUACCAGACUACUCUGUUAUGGCUGUCGGACCUGCAGUAUAUGAAGGAGAGUCUAUACGCACGUCUACACACACAUGUGCCCGCACAUACUGUACACACACACACACACACACACAUUUGGGUGUCGUCUGUAUAACAGUGGAGGUUGAGGUUGAAUUGGCUGGUGUAGGAUCUGUCCAAGUGGGAGGAUGUAGAUUAUGAAGAAGAGGGGGCCUACCACGGAGCCCUGAGGCACACCCUGUGUGACUUGAGUGAGAUAUCAUGUGUCCGGUUGGUGAGACAUGAUUGAAACCAGGAGAAGGCGGAUAAGGAUGUUCUAUUGGGAAUUUAGCUAUGCUAUCAUUCAAGAUGAUUAUGUAGAUAUCCACAUCUGCCAAUUCAACUGAUGCCCAGGGAUACUAUUUAAUAUACUGUAAUAUAAUAUAACCUGAUAUCAUGUAACUGUAUUAUCCUCCCGCAGGUGACCCGUCAGCAGUACCAGAACGCCCUGAUGGCGUCGCGCAUGGAUAAGACGCCCCAGUCGAUGGACAGCGAGUUCACCAAGAUCGAAUUGACUCUGACCACUGAGCUCCACGAUGGUGGAGGGGGAGGCGUGCUGGAGACGCCAGCUAUGGCCCCCCACGAGACGGCCAGCCUGCUCAACCUCAACACACAGCCCCAGAACUGUCUGGCCCACAGGGUCAACCACAAUGCGCACAAUGAGGGACCCAUCUAGCCCACACUGGGGUGGUGGGGACGGGGAGAGAGGAGGGAGGAGGGACACCCUCCCUGGGUCUGGGGAGAGGGUGAGAGGAGUGAGGAGUGAUGGUGUUAGUACCCUCUGGGCCAGGGCCUGGGCCUAAUCCUCCGACAUCCAAGGACCUCUAACCCCUACCCACCACCCCCUUAUGGAUGGAAGACCCUGGAGGAAUUGAGGGGAAGGGGGCUACGGAGAUGUGUAUACUGAGCCCCAGCCUGAACUUCUACUCUCUACCCUCCACCAGCCCUGGUGGAACACCCUUUGGGGAAUGGGGCUAAAGGGGUAGCACUCUGGGCCCUCACCCACGUCACACACCUCUAGAAGACCCUGUUAGGGUGUGGUUGGACCAUGCUCGGACAAUCCAUCUGCUUAAAUACCCGGUAACCUGGUAUUCCGGUAACUCGGAAAGAUGGAUAGUGUGCAUGUCCCCCCCCACUCAUAAGGCCAAAUACUUUGGCCCCCCACAUUCCCCUGUCCACACACAAACACUUACACAAAAGUACACACACACACUUUCCUGUCUGUUCUUGUUCAGGGAUUGGCAGUGGACUUUAGUACUACUUAAGUACUACUGUAGUACUACUAGUACUACUACAACGAAGGACUCAAACGCACGCAGACAAAAUGGUUAGUCAAAGACUGUACCAAAUACCGCUUUGAAGGAAACCAUGGAACCAUGAACCAAGAAUGUUUUUGUGCAUUUAUUUAUU